AGGGAGGCAGGCUACUCAGCGAGAAGCUUCAGCAGCUUUAGCGGAGAGCCUGGGAGCUGCGGCAAGCGGCAGCAGCGGCAGCAAGAGCUGAUCUGCGAGCACCGGCAGCCCCUAUCACCUGUGGAGCCGGGAGACUGGCGCGCACCCUCCGAUCGCUGGAGACCACCUUUUUUCUUUCUCUUUCCUGAAUUUCUUCAAGGAGCCGAGAAGAGAAGGGGGUUGGCUUUGCCACUAGCAGGAUUAACCCCUUUUUAAGGAGCCAGGCUACCGGAGUGACGGGCUGCUACUCAGACCCCUACGGCGGGCCAGAGAGAAAUUUGCCUUAUCGCUUUUUCUACGGACACAAGUGAUGGAGCUGGAGCACAUGACCAGUGGGGGCCUUCAUACCUACCACGGCCCCCGGGGCGGACCAGCGGCCAAACCCAACGUGAUUCUGCAGAUCGGGAAGUGUCGGGCAGAGAUGUUGGAGCACGUAAGGAAGACUCACCGGCAUCUGCUCACCGAGGUGUCCAAGCAGGUGGAGAGGGAAUUGAAAGGCUUGCACAGGUCAGUGGGGAAGCUGGAGAAUAAUUUGGAUGGCUACGUCCCUACCGGGGAUUCACAGCGCUGGAAGAAGUCCAUCAAGGCCUGUCUGUCCCGUUGCCAAGAGACCAUUGCCCACCUGGAGAGAUGGGUGAAGAGGGAGAUGAACGUGUGGCGGGAGGUUUUCUACCGGCUGGAGAAGUGGGCCGACCGGCUGGAGUCCAUGGGAGGCAAGUACCCAGUGAGCGGGGAGGCCGCCCGCCAGACUGUCUCUGUUGGAGUGGGGGGCCCUGAGGGCUAUUGCCAGGAGACUGACCCCUAUGAUUACACGGUGAGUCCCUAUGCCAUCACCCCCCCAACACCGGCAGGGGUCAUUGUGGGAGGAGAAGCUCUAAGCCACGAGCCUUCCGAGACCCAGCAGUACCCACCCUGGAGCUCAACCACUGAGGAUGGGACUCUGAGUCCUGGUGUAGACACACAGAUUUUUGAGGAUCCCCGUGAGUUCCUCAGUCAUCUGGAAGAAUAUCUGAAGCAGGUUGGAGGGACUGAAGAGUACUGGCUGUCCCAGAUCCAGAACCACAUGAAUGGCCCAGCAAAGAAGUGGUGGGAAUACAAACAGGGAUCUGUAAAGAACUGGGUGGAAUUCAAGAAGGAAUUCUUGCAGUACAGUGAGGGGACCCUCACCAGGGAUGCUAUCAAGCGAGAGCUGGACCUGCCCCAGAAGCAAGGGGAGCCUCUGGACCAAUUCCUGUGGCGUAAGAGAGACCUUUACCAGACCCUGUAUGUGGAUGCUGAUGAAGAGGAGAUCAUCCAGUAUGUGGUGGGCACCCUUCAGCCUAAGCUCAAGCAUUUCCUCCGACACCCACUGCCCAAGACCCUCGAGCAGCUGAUCCAGAGAGGUCAGGAGGUCCAAGAAGGACUGGAGCAGGGGGAGGAUGCCACAGAACAGCAAACCCAGUCAGAGGACAAUGAUGAAUCACUCACUCCAGCUAUCGAGUCCCUUGCCAGUGAUGGGACCCAGCCCGAGUAGAGGUGGUGGUGGCCACCCCUCAGCUUUUAUUAGCCCCUUCUUCCUGGAGACCCCCACCCCUCCUGGGUGUCCCCUUCUGGGAUCACUUGGUUGAGGAUUCUCCCAGAUGUCCUAAUUUCCCAGGGGCAGCUUGUGCUGUCUUGCCAAGGAAGAGUUGGCAGGCAGCCCCAUCCCCCAGUGGGAUUGGCACUUGAUGGACAUUUUGGGAGAUAAGACUCAUGCAGUCGGGGUUUUCCCACCACCUUCUCCAUACCCCCUCUCUCCUACUUGAAUCCUCCAUAGUUUUACACAGAUCACCUAUGCCAGCAUCAGUUAACUUUUCUCCCCUUUUAAGCUGCCUGAAAGCAGGACUUUAGCUUUCCUCUUUCCCUGUCUCUAGCCAGUCUGGUGUGUAUGUUCCUUACCUUCAUUUUGUCCAUUCACUCCUUUUCCCUCCUCCCUAAUGGUUCUACAAGGAAUUUCACCUGCUCCCACAUGAAACUCUUUUUAAACCUAGAGUCUAGUCACUGUCCUUGAUAAGUUUUCUUCCUCCCUAAAAUCAUUCCUGUACUUCUCCCAUUGGCCAUUAGCCACAGGAGACAUGGAGAGUAGCUAGAUUAUAGGGGGCUGGCAUUGAGCCAGUUGGCUUUUCAGAGCCGGACUCUGAUUGUCAGGGAAGAAACAGAGGAGAAGAAAACCUGCUUUCCAAUCUCUUGCUCUUCGUGUGAGAAUCAAAGGUCCAUGGCCAUUCUGCCCCCACCAUGGCAACUUCCUUCUCGACUUCCCCAGAGAAGAGACAAAGGCUUUUCAGGAAUGGCAGCAGCAAUGGGUGCUUGGAGAUCCUGAUCCCUCCUUCGAUUUAAAGUGAUUCACUCCAGCCUAGCAGAACAGAGAAGCAGUGAUGAUUCACCUUGUGAUGGACAGCAGGCAGAGGGGGAUCAAGGAAGCUCCAGUGCUUGAUUUCCAAAGUCUUCAGGAUUUGGCACCAGCACCUACAAGGAAACAAGAAUCACACAAACUUAUUUGCUGCUGAAGUUGAAAAUAUCUUCACCAUUUUGGAGGGGAAAUAACCUGCCAGAGGGGAAGGAGAAGUUUGAGGAUUUGCCAGUGGUGCUAUCCAAACUAGGAGAAGGAGAUGGAGGGGAGAAGAGAGACUACCAAGAAACAGUGAUCCAGAGCUUGAAGUGAGAGAGGGCUGGACAGAACUCUGUGUGGAGAUGACACGUCACGGGGAAAGGAUGAAUGAACAGCCGGCCUUCUGGGAGAUGCCAAGGUCCAGCCCUUAGGCACUAUUUGGUUUUCAGCCCUUGCUCUGAGUAAACUCUACAUCUUCGGAGUCUCAAGUUUAUGUAUCCCCUUUAUCUCCUUCAACCAGGGCUCCAUAUCUUGCCCUGGGCCAGUGGCCAUGGCCCCCCUUCUCGUCCCACCCUACUAAACCUUACUCCUGGAGAUAUCUCAAUGGGGCAAGGGAAGUCAGGAUCUCUUUCCCAUUGGGAUUCCCCAUUGUCAUGUCCCCACCUUCCCAAUCCUCACCAUACUGGCUAACAAAUGUUUACACCCCUGUCCCAUCCCUGGACAGUCCAUCCAGGAUUAGUUCAGCUUUCCUGGACCUUCCUGCCUUUCUUUCUAAGGAAGUAGGAGUUAGAGUGUCUCUGAAGGACUACAAGAUUCUGGCUGAUUAGCCAGCCACAAUCCUAUGCUUCUCCAAAUGCUCCCCAUAGAUUUAUUUUUUAAUAGUAGAUAUUCUUUAGAUUCAUACAUAGACUAUCACCCUACAUUCACUGUGUCUGAUCCCAUCGGCUAGAAUUUUCUUGGACUCAUUGAUGAUUGAUUGGGGGAGGGAUUUAUUGGUAUUUCUAAACUGGAUGAGCUAUACUCCCCAUCCCUUUUUGUCCAUUAGACUGUUCACAGCAUCAGCUGAUUAGGUCCAAGGUCAAGAGUCGAUGUAUGCUUCCCUUCUCCUAAAAAAUACACUUUUGUAAGAUUUCUUUAAUAAAAAUUGAAAUAUCAGUUGAA